GUUUCUGGCGCCCCAGUCACUCGAAAUCGAAUGCGUGGCCACCAAGUGUUCCGAGCGCUCCGCGCUGCCGCCCCUGUGCGAUUUGCGGGGGUCAAGACGUCUGUCCCUCGUGCCUUUGCUGCCGCGCAGCAAGUGGCUGGGUAUGCCACCAUCUACGACCUCAAGACCCCCUUUGAGGACACGAACCGUCAUCGUAGUGACGCUGAACUUCGCAUUGCCCAAGUGCCGGUGGUGGAAGUCGAUUCAGACGUGGCUGUGUGCGACGGCGGUGGAGGCGCCUUGGGCCACCCAGUGGAGUACAUUGCGUUGAACAUCGUGUCGGACAAGCCUCAAACGUGCAAGUACUGCGGCCUUCGCUACAAGCAGAAGCACCACCAUCAUUAAGCUAAGAUGGAGACUCGUCCUAUCGUUCUCCUUAACAUCAGGCUGUCUACACGUUUCUCUCAUA